AUGAGUGUAUCGUUCAAACAUUUGCACUGGAAAUAUGUGAUGGACGGUUUUGAACUACGCUUCAGUAAUCUGCAGCCGGAAGAUCUCGAGGUGACUUUCGAGAUUAUGUGCGAAGGUGAACUGAUACAAGGCACGAGAUGUAAGAAUGUUCCAAUGGGUUCUGUUGUCGAAUUUUAUGCUAUUUUUCAUCUGAGAAGUUGUUCUGCGAGCGAAAAUAUUCCCGUUGCUAUUGGUGUGUACGGCUAUGAAGAAAUAGUCGCUGCCGUUUACAUUACGCCUUUUUGUUCGUGCGAAUGCGAGAAGAUUACAAAUCAUAUAGAAGCUGCAUCACAAUGCAGUAAUAAUGGAAAAUUAGUUUGCGGCUCAUGUGAGUGUAAUAAAGGUAUGGGAGGAAAACAUUGCGAUUGUGAUUUAGCCUAUUAUAAUGUCAGCUCAACUAGUGAACUUGAAGCUCAGUGCAAAAGAAAUGCGGAUGAUGAAGAAGUUUGUAGUGGCAAAGGUCAUUGCCAGUGCAAUAAAUGCGAAUGCUUUCCUGGCCAAGCCAAUGGGAAGUAUUGUGAAUGCAACGCUGAAGAUGGCUAUUGCCCCAAGGCAAACGGCGUAGAGUGUUCGAGUCACGGAAAAUGCGUUUGUGGAGUGUGUGAAUGUCGCGAAGGAUACAGCGGAGAAGAUUGUUCUUGUCAUGCUGGCGACAGGCACUGCCCAGAAUACACUGUGAAUCCUGAAGAAAUUCAAUCAAGUUUGGAAGAAGAAGGAGAAGACAAAGUCGACGAAACUGUCUUAGAAUCAAGUAAUGAAGCCAUUGCAUCAAUAUCAGAUGGCCAAGAAAUUAAUAAAGAUGAUCAAUCGGUAACACAAGGUGAAAAGAUAGCAUCUGAGAUGGCAACUGCAGGAGGAUUAACUUUAACGUUGUAUCAACUUUUUCCAUUCCUCUUGUUUCUGAUACUUUUCUAA